GUUUUGUUUGUUUCUGUCAGUUUGGCGUUGCUAGUUCCUGGCGAGGGUAUUUAGGAAUCUUAAUGUCAUCCUGAUAAUUAUUUAGGAUUCUCUGAACUUGCCUAUAAACAAUAUUGUUCAGAAUCAGGAGUUGCUCCAAAUGAAGUUAUCAAACUUGUUGAUGCUGCUUUAAUAUCUGUGGCUGAAACUUACCGUACACUUGGCUGUUACGAUCAAUGUGCUGAGAUGUAUAAACGUGAAAUUUUAUGGGCCACAUCUACUGGACUAUCCACAAAGGAUAUAGCUGCAAGUUGGUUAAGUUUAGCACAAGCGCAACGUUUAAUUUCAACAAUCGAUUCCUCUACAGUUUCUAAUGAUAAAAAUAUUGGAGCUAACCAAAAGAUUAUUUUGAAUGGUUCAGCAACUGUAUUAGACUCAUUGUUAUCUGCUUAUAAAGCCUCAAAGUUGACUGGAUAUAUGUCUUUAAUUGCCGAUUGUUUAAAGGAACUACUAGACUACUAUGAACAGUAUCAUUAUAAAGAUGAGUUACAGAAAACACGUCAAGAACUAGAACAAAUUAAGCAGACAUGUGAUACUCAAUCAAAUCACCAAGAAGAAAAUACCGAACAGGAAGAUGAAGAUGAAGAAGUAGAAGAUAGUGAUAAGAAUACAUCAUCGAUUAGUGACGAUGAAACUGGUGUUAUACAAUUUUUGGAGACACUCUCCUCUGAUUCAGAACUUGAACAGUGUAUAGGAAAUGCAGAACUUAUGGAUGAAUUCCAGGAUACAAUGAAGGGUAAAAAAUCCGGCAAAGCUCUUUGUUUAAAAACUAAUAUGAAAGGUGAAACACCGUUACAUGUGGCUGCAAUCAAUGGUGAUAUGAAUCAUGUAGUAAAAUUAAUUGAAGUCUUGGGUCAUCCAGUAAAUGUACCUGAUGGUGCAGGUUGGCUGCCUAUACAUGAAGCAGCAUUUCAUGAUAGGUCAGAAAUCGCCACUUAUUUACUUGAUCAUGGUGCAAAAUUAGAUGAUCCAGGUUAUCCGGAUGAUUAUUCCACACCACUUUUUGAAGCCAUUCACAGUGGAGCAUUGACAACUGCGUUGAUUUUUGUAAAUAGGGGAGCAAAUUUAUGGCACAAGAACAAACAAGGAGAGUAUUUAUCGAAUCUGUUAGACCAAUGGGAACCAACACGUCAUGCCUCUGGAACAUUUGCUGAACAACGUGCUAAAUACAGUGAACUUUUGGCUGCUAUCAGAAGUCGUCUUGGGGAUGAAUAUGAUCGUUGGUGUAAUCUUAAAAGAGAAACUCCUGAAAACAAUUCCUCCGAUGAUUCAGAAUCAUCAGUAACAAUAAAAAAUAAUACUAGUAAUCGAAAAUCGUAUUCACGUCAUCCUAGUUCUCAUUCCCGUUCGUCAUCCGUAUGUGAAACCUGGGAUUCAGUACCACCGAUUUCAUCUAAAACAAAAUUCAACAGAAAAUCUCUUCGUAGCCGAAAUUGGGAUGAUUUAAUUGUUGAUUUAGACCAAGAUGAGAACAGUCAACCACCAUCUCCUGUUAAAUUGAAGAAAUCAGUCAAUGCAGUUGAAUCAUAUAAACAAGCUAUGAAAGCUGUCGGUAGUUCAAAAACACGUUUUGUGGAUAAGUGCGAGUCAUCUGGUAAUACGAACAGUAUGGAUUUAGCAAAACGUAGAAAAAAAUCACAUGUAAUCGAUGCAAAUGACAAUGAUUGGUUGAUUUUAGACGAAAAACCAAAAGGAUCUCGAUCUGUUUCCAGUACAACUGUGAAAGAACACUUUGAUGCCUUAAAUGUGAAAAGUGGAAAAUAUACUGCCACAGCAUCCAGUAAAAAUCGUUCCCGUCAAGAGGAUCUCGAAUUUUUACCUCAUAUGGCUUUUACUUCUACGCAAAAUGAUAACUUAUCUUCACUUCCAGCAGGACCAUCAUCAUCAGUUGUUGGAGGGGCACAUAAGCACUUACCACCGAAAUCUACUUCUACGCCGAUCAAACGUAAUAAGCAAUUGAAUCAAUCCUUCAAAGAAUCUUCACAUUCUGAUAAAGAUAGUUCAAUUAAUACGAAUAACUGUCUACCACCAUCUACAGUUAAUAAGGAUCAAUUAAGACUGCCCAAAUUUCCUACAAAUGAAUUUCCAGUAGAAACACCAUCUUAUUCAGUUAAAGUAGCGUUUUCCGAUAUAUCGGUACUGGUUCCUGUUGAUUCAAUGUCUCGUAGUGUGUCAUGGUUAGCAACUGAAGCAUAUCGUCGACGUCAAAUUCUUUUGGGAUUUAAUUCUAAUAUUCCUAUCACAGAAUCCGGUGAACAACUAGUUCGUCUAUGUACCAGAGAUCGAGCUCUAUUACUUCCUACAGAUCGUUUAUUUUCAAUUAUUCCAGUUUUAAGUCAAUCCGGAUCAGUUGUUGAACUUUUAGCUGAAUUGAAUGAGUCUAUUGUUACUCAAAAAACUCCAACUAAUCUAUCAAAUCAAAAUAUUCAAUCGCACUUCAAUUAUAAGUCAAAGUCAAAUGAAAUUCCACAAAAUAUAGUAUCACCAUUCCUUCAUUCAGUCAUUGAUAAAGCACGGAAUAGUGGAGUUUUGGAUUUAUCAUAUCUUUCUCUAGAAGAUAAAGAAUGUUGUAAAUUAUUAGGUCAACUAGUUCGUGAUAGUGGUAUUCGAGUGAUUACAGAAGUACAAAUUCAGGGUAACUCAUUAACUACGGAUAUAAUAGAUACAAAACAAUGCUCUUCUAUGAAUUGUAUUAAUUUAACGGAUUGUUUAUGUCAAUUUUCAUUACAACUGAAUAAAUUAAAUUUAAGUAUGAAUUUAUUCAAUGAUCAAUUUUUCAGUCGAUUUCUAUGCGCUUUAUCGAAGCGAUUCAAGGAGGAAGACAAGGGCUCGGAUGUACUUAUGCCACGACUUCAACAUUUAAAUCUUUCAUAUAAUCCACUUCUUGGCUGUAAUAUGAAACAGAAUCAUUUGGAUAAUGCUGAUUUAGCAGACUAUGAUCUAUCAACAAAUCAUGAUAAUUGUUGGAUACUAUUUAUUGAAACUAUUUUAAAAGCAUUCCCUAAAUUAAAUUAUUUUAAUUUAGCUGGAUGUUCACUUGGUACUAAUACAAUCAAUGCAAAUUGUUAUGAUUAUCAAAAUGAACGAAUUUUUCAUAGUUUGUCCACAGAUUCAUUUGUAUCCUGUUUAUCAGAAUUGGAUUUAAGCUGGAAUCCUCAAAUCUCUCCUAACCAAUUAAAUUAUUUAUUAUCUAUGAAUUGUUUGAAAGCUUUAAAGUGUUUACGUUUAAGAGGAUGUUCUACUUUUCAAACAAAUAAACAAUGCCAAAUAAAUCUUCCUGUUACUGCAUCCGAGUUAUCAUCUUUAAAUUGGUUAAAUAACAAGUCAUCUGAAAUCAUUAUGAAAAAUUUGGAAAAAUUUAAUAAUUUCGAGAAAUCCUCAUUUGGUGAUCAGUUAUUGAAUUCACUUUGUUCAGCAUUGAUUAAAGGAAAUAUUCGUUUACAAAUAUUGGAUAUGGGUCAUUGUCAAUUAACUUAUCAUUGUUUAACAAGUUUGAAAAGUUUAUUUGGAACACCUGGGAUAUCUAUAACAACUUUGAUAAUUGAUCAUAAUCCAAUGUUAAGAAAUGUAAUUGUAUCAAAUAAUUGUCCAUUUCCAUCAUGGAUUCGAAUACUUCAGGCUAUUGCUCAACCGGCUUCAGCAGUGGUUAGCUUAACAAUUGAUUUGCCUGAAAUCCCCGAUGAUGAUUCAGAUGCUUUAACUGCUGCAUUCACUUCCGUAGAAGCAAAACUAUUACCAGCUAUAUCCUCGACACCUUUACAAGAAUUAAUUAUUAUUCAUAAUGAUAUUAUGAUCAAUAAUUGGAGUUUUGAAAAUUCUUCUUCUAAUCAUCAUAAUCAAUCAAUGAAAUAUCGUUUCCUUUUUAUGUUAUCCAAUUUAUUUAAUAAACGAUUUGGUAAAAUGAUAAAAAUUACUAAAAAAAAUUUUUGUGUUACAUUUAGCAUUUUGUGA